AAAAAAUCGCGAAAUGUUGUGCUAUAUAGUGAUAUUAAUCAAAGAUAAUUUUACACCAAAUUUUAGCGGGUUACUCUAUUUUGAAGCUUUGGUCGGAGGUGCCUGAAGUCCAUAUUCUUUCUACUUCUUGCAGCUCUUCGAUCAUUAAGGUCGGAAGAUUGUCUAAAGUUUUCAUGGUAUCGUUUAAUGUCUUCAGCACUCGUUCUCAAAUGGGUAUCCACAAAAACUCUUCGAAUCCCCCGCUUUAUCCUCAAUCGAAAAACAGACCAAAAAGACUUCAACUACGAACUGGGUUUAGUCUCAGCUCUAAAAUUCUGCACAACCAAUUUAUUUCUCUCGCAAGGCAAACAAAUCCAUGGUCUCGUUUUAAAAUCCGGUCUUCAUUCCAACAAUUUCAUACAGAACAGCUUGAUUAACAUGUACGCUAAAUGUGGGCUUUUACUUGAUGCUAAAUCCAUUUUUGAUGUCUGUCCUAAGUCUGAUCCUGUUUCUUACAAUAUAAUGAUCUCUGGGUAUGUGAAAUCAGGGAGAUUAGACGACGCACACAAGGUGUUCGAUGAAAUGCCUGUGAAAGGUUGUGUCUCGUAUACUACUAUGAUCAUGGGGUUUUCGCAAAAUGAACAUUGGAAUGCUGCAGUUGAGCUUUUUAAGCAGAUGAGAUACGCGGGUGUUGUUCCUAGUGAAGUUACCAUUGCAGCUUUGAUCUCUGCUUUUUCGCAAUUUGGUGGGGUAUGGAGCUGUAGAAUGCUUCAUGGAUUGGUUGUCAAGAUGUUGUUUGAUGAGUUUGUUCUUAUUUCUACUAAUUUGUUGCGUAUGUAUUGUAAUUGUUCGAGUUUAGUUGAAGCAAGGGCUUUGUUUGGUGAGAUGUCUGAGAAGAAUUUGGUUACAUGGAAUGUAAUGUUGAAUGGUUAUUCAAAAGCAGGGUUACUUGAUUCGGCUAGAGAUGUGUUUGAGAGGAUCCCGGAUAAGGAUAUUAUUUCGUGGAGCACUAUAGUCGAUGGUUAUGUUCGAGUAGAAAAGUUAGGUGAAGCUUUUAUGAUUUAUCGGUCAAUGGUUUCUGCGGGAUUGAGACCUAAUGAUGUUAUGAUGGUGGAUCUAAUUUCUGUGUGUGGGAGGACAGCAGCAUUUUGUGAAGGUCGGCAAUUGCAUAGUGAUGCAGUGAAGAUGGGUUUUGACUGUUAUGAUUUUAUACAGGCAACUAUUAUCCAUCUCUAUGCAGCUUGUGGUAGAAUUAAUGAAGCUUGCUUACAAUUCAGAAUUGGUAGUAAAGAGAAUGUUGCGUCUUGGAACGCCCUCAUGGGAGGAUUUAUACGAAAUAGAAUGAUUGAUGAGGCCAUCAAAUUGUUUGAGGAGAUGCCUCAGAGAGACGUAUUUUCAUGGAGCACAAUGAUAUCUGGUUACACGCAGAAUGAGCAACCUAACCUGGCAUUAGAACUGUUCCAUAAGAUGAUAGCUAUUGGGAUACAACCAAAUGAUGUGACCAUGGUUAGUGUUUUCUCUGCAAUUGCUGCGUUGGGCACUUUGAAAGACGGAAGAUGGGCUCAUCAGUAUGUGCAUAAUAACUCCAUCGCUAUUAGCGACAAUUUAAGUGCUGCAAUCAUUGACAUGUAUGCCAAAUGUGGCAGUAUCGACGAUGCACUGGAGGUGUUUUGUAAAAUCCGGAAUAAGGCAUCUACAGUUUCGCCAUGGAAUGCAAUUAUAUGUGGGUUGGCGAUGCACGGACAUGCGAAUCAAUCUCUUGAAAUAUAUUCCGACUUGGAUAGACGGAAGGUCAAGCUCAAUGCAAUUACAUUCAUCGGAGUCCUUGCCGCAUGCUGCCAUGCCGGGAUGGUGGAGUUAGGAAAAAGAUACUUUAUGAGCAUGAAGAGCGAGCAUAACAUAGAUCCUGAUAUCAAGCACUAUGGUUGUAUGGUGGAUUUGCUGGGUAGAGCAGGGCGUGUGGAAGAAGCUGAGGAAAUGAUAAGGAGCAUGCCGAUGAAAGCCGAUGUGGUGACAUGGGGUACAUUAUUAGCAGCAUGUAGAACACAUGGGAAGUGGGAGGUAGGAGAAGAAGCUGCACAAAAUUUGGCAAGAUUGGACCCAUCUCAUGGGGCAAGCAGAGUUCUUUUAUCCAACAUAUAUGCAAAUGCAGGCAAAUGGGACGAUGCAUUUUCAGUGAGAAAAGCAAUGCAAAGCCACAGAAUGCGGAGAUUGCCUGGCUAUAGCGGUGUUACGUGAAAGGAAAUCCUGAUUCCGCUACUGUAGGUGAUAUAGAAAAGAAACUCGAGCAAUAUUUCAACCUGAGAACACUUCUCUAUUUCAUAAGAUAACCCAAUUGAGAUUUUGCAAAAAUUAUAACUGAAUUACUUCUUUUGUAUAGUUGGCAAGAAGAAUUCAGUCAUUUUACUGUUAUUCUGAACGUUAACGAAGUUACUGUUAGUACGAUGUUUCUGGCUUCAUCAUGGCCUAAUACACUUAUAUUGAAUCAAACAAGCAUCUUUAUGCUGCC